CCCCCGUAUCAUUCAUUGUCAAAUUCGUGAUUUUUUGCAAGCAAGACUGUCGGAAAAAACUUUAUGAGUCAAAAGGAGCAAAAGCCUACGCUCACGGGCCAGCGAACUCGGACCCGAAAGAGGGAUGAGAAAGAGAAAUACGACCCAACUGGGUUCCGUGAUAGUAUCCUGCAAGGACUUAACGAAGCUGGCACAGAUUUGGAACAAGUAUCCAAAUUCUUGGAUGGGGCAGGCUCUAAGCUGAACUACCGGCUGUAUGCUGAAACCCUUCUUGACAUUCUUUUUGCUGGUGGCAUUUUAGCACCUGGGGGCUCAGUGGUAGAGGAUUCAGAUAAGACCAAGGUUUGCCGCAGCGAAGUCUGCGUGUUCACCACCAAGGGAGAUGUCGAGGCAAUGCAAAACUUUGGUGAGGUGUUCAGCAAGUUGACUCGCCGCUACAAGUACCUCGAAAAGAAACUCCAAGAUGAACUUGUCAAGAUUAUCCUGUUCCUUAAGGGCUUCACUGAGGUGGAGCGCAAGAAGGUAGCCAUGAUUACUAGCAUCAUGCUGGCUAAUAACCAGGUAGAUGCUAAAUGCCUCGCAAGUCUCUUCAAUGAUCAUCUUGUCAAAGAUGGCAUUGCCUUGCAGUUUGCAGUGGACAUGUUUGCUGUAUGGUUGAAGGAACGUGAUAUGAACAACAUCGGUUCAGUGCUGAGUAAGGCACAACUCGACAACAGACUACUGGAACUGAUGCCUAUUUCCAAGAGAAGCGAAGCCCAGUUUGAAAACAUUUUCUGUGAAGCAGGUCUGACUGAUUUUGCAAACUAUCAGCGGGCUAGAGCUCAUGCUGAAAGCAAGAAACGUCUUUUCAAAGAACUUUCUGAGAUCACUGAAGACUCUGGAGACAUAAAAGAGAUGCAAACCGCAAUUCAGGAAACCAUGAAGAAGAAUGAUUUUACUGGAAAGGACAUCAUUGGUGUACUCUGGAAGGCAAUGAUGAAGUCCAAUGAAUGGUCCAAGAAAGAAGAAAAUUUGCGAGAACAGCUAGGACGUUCCUUCAAGAAAUACAUGCCACUCUUCAAGACCUUUGUGACCACUGGUCGCACUGAAGCUCAACUAUUACUCAAGAUGCAGGAUUACUGUCAUUCUGACAUUAUGAUGAGGAAAAUGUUCACCAAGAUGGUCACCUGGUUCUAUUCCUCUGAUGUGCUGUCGGAAGAUGAGAUUCUGAAGUGGUACAAAGGCAAUGACAGCCCCAAGGGCAAAGCCCAGUUCAAUGAACAAAUGAAGAAGCUUGUGGAUUGGCUCAACACUGCUGAAGAAGAAUCUGAUGAUGAGGAGGAGGAUGAAGAGGACCAAGAUCCAGAUGAACAGGAAACCUAGAGCGUUUCAAUGCCUUAUUCCACAUAUCACACUAUCAUCAUGUAUCACCUGUAAUUUCAUAGUGUAUUGACCCAAUUUCCUCAGUCGGUAUGAAAUUGAGGCUUCCUUGGUCACGUGCCCUUACUGUUUCACUAGCUUUUUCUUACUUAUCAACCAAUUUCUCCAAUUUGCAUCAUGAAUUUUUAAGGUACUUACAUUCUUGUCACAGUAUGAAACAGUUAUAAAAUAUAUUUCUAACGUUUCCAGGAGGGUUUUCAUUUGUCCUUUUGGAAGGUGUUUCUGUAAAAGCCUUGCAAGCGAUAAAUAAUUCCUCUUGAAUAUAAUACCUCUCUUUUUCAAGUAGACAGAACAUGAAUGACUUACAUGCUAUUGCCUUUGUGUAAUUGCCUCUCUGUAAAAUAUUUGCAUCAUUCCUGAACUAAAUAUAAGUUGUAAAGUACUCUGGAGGGAAUGGACAAGUUGCAAUUUGAAAUGGAUUCAAGAUUGUAGGCAAUCUAAGUAGUCUAAUGACACAAUUUGACUCAAGAAUGCAAGGUCAGUUGAACGUAAUGAGCACAACUUAAGUGGAAUCUACAGCCAAGAUGCGCUUAAGCGUGCCAUUUAGCUGUUCAGAGAAGACUCUAUAAAAUGUGCAGCAAUGGCUCUAAAUGCACACUCUUUGGCUGGGCUUGUGUUAUAUAUGAUUCAAUAAAGCAAAUUGCAGCCUCCAUGAUUCUGCAACAUUUGACCUUUUAAACACGUUUUUAGAAUAUUUCUUCUUUCUAUAAUCAUAUUGUAACCUCUCGCAUAAAACUGAUUUGAUUAGUGACGUACACUGUAUGAACUCUGUUAAUUCGCAAUCUGAUGGAAAAUGUCUCAUGCUUUUUUUGUAUGGCUACUUAAGUUGCGGGUAGUGUGUAUUCACUAAUGCACUCAUAAACACAAAUUGUUUAUAUACAAUUCCUCUAUGUUAUGGAUAAGAGCUAUGGAUAUUAUACAUGUACCUUUAUGAGUCUGUUUUCUUUUUUAUUUCAAUAUAAAUUAUACGAUGCAUCAUUGUGAUAAGAUUGUUCUCCAUAUGAACAAAGUUAUGUGGUGCUAUAACAUUUGACAAUAGGUGGGCAUGUCAACCAGCGAUUGCUACACAAGGUAGCCCAAAUGCAGAAAGUCUCAGAAGUACAGGCAUGCAUGUAAGGUCGUUCAUUGUAAAAUUGUAAAAUUAUGUCAUACCUUGAGUCAAAUGUUCUGUGCACAUCAUGAAUGUUCUUUUUCUUUCGGGGAACUGUGUCAAAUAAGUUACUUUUCUUCCCCAUUUAUUGUUACCAAUAAAGAUAAACAAUGUCAAUUCUUGAUUGCACUGAUAUGAUACAUGUUGAGUAUUGUGAUAUCAUGGAGGGUAUAUUUACUACAUACAUUGUAGACAAAUGAAAUCGGGAGUGGGAGUUAAAAGGAAUAUUAUAUUCAAACUUGUACUUGUAAUUUGCACAGAAUGACAGUCAUUGAUUUUUUACUGAUCAAGUCAUGUUGUGUUUCUGUGUAUAAUGUAGAUCUUGUUCAGUAAAUGCAAUUGCAUUUUGGAGUAUGAUGUAUGAAUAUGUCACACCUUCUAAAGUGAGUGAAAAAGUAGAAAAUAUAUCAGAAUGAAAGGAAUAAGAUGUAUUAUAUAUAUUAUUUUUUUCAGAAUCAACCUUAUCAUAGACCAUUUGAUGUACUUGUACAUUAAGAGUAAAUCACAAAACUGGAAAAAUGCAUAACUGUAAAGAACUAGGUAGCCUGGAGAUAGCUUAGUUAAAUAUUUGAUCUUUGUUUCCCUCUUAUUUCAUUUAAUGAUAUUCUGUAUUAAGUCGACCAUCAUUUUUUCAUAUUUCGUUAGUAUGAUUGUUUUGUAAACUGCAUCACUGUCAUUAUUUCCAUCAAAUUUUGUAGAUUUUGAUAUAUGUAAAGCAGCAUCUGCCAUUACGUUUGGUAGCUGAACUCGUUGCAAUGAUUGAAAGAUUGAUGAGGAAAUUAUAGAUUGGAUAAGUCGUGAAAAUAAUCUAUUUCUCCCCUUAAUUAGACACAGUGUGUGAAUUCAGAACCAAACUGAAUGCAGACCCACUUUGUAAUUGUUUGCUACACUUACAUGUCAAUGACAAACUAUUUGUUCUUCGUUAAAUGCUGAUAUGCAAUGAUUGGUUAUGCCUCUCGCUAAGCUUGGGGAUUGGGAGGCACAUUUUUGUCCUACUAUCGGGACAAUUUUUAUUUGAAUGUCAAUAAAAGAAUGUGAUGUAAUUAUGCUAAAAAGGAC